AUGAUUUCUCGUGAGGUUCAGUCUCUGGAGUCAAUUCCUCAGGUCCGCACAGAUUUGACAAAGUCGAGUUAUAAAUUCAGUGAUGUGAAAGGAGCAGACGAAGCGAAACAGGAAUUGAAAAACAUUGUUGAGUUUUUGAAAAAUCCCGAAAAGUUUACUAAACUUGGAGGAAAACUACCAAAAGGAAUUCUUCUUGUCGGUCCGCCAGGAACAGGCAAGACUCUCUUGGCAAAAGCUAUUGCUGGGGAGGCUGGAGUGCCUUUCUACAACAAAUCCGGAGCUGAGUUUGAUGAAAUGUUUGUCGGCCUCGGAGCAAAGAGGAUUAGGGAUCUGUUUAGACUAGCCAAGAAAAACACCCCGUGUGUUAUCUUCAUUGACGAAAUCGACUCUAUAGGAAAACAACGAACAUCGAGUGAUAUGCAUCCGCACGCUAACGACACAAUCAACCAGUUACUGAUAGAAAUGGACGGGUUCAAAAGCAACAGCGGAAUCGUUGUAUUAGGAGCAACAAAUAGGAGAGGUGAUCUAGACACAGCCCUCCUGAGGCCAGGAAGGUUUGACGUUGAAGUAAACGUUUCUGUCCCGGAUUACACAGGUAGAACAGAGCUGCUCAAUCACUACUUGGGUCAAGUGCCCCAUGGUGAUAUCGAUUUAGGAAAAAUCGCAAGAGUAACCACCAACUUAACUGGGGCAGACAUAGAGAGCAUGGUGAACCAGGCCGCAUUGAGGGCAGCUGUGUUGGGAACAGAACUCGUCACUGCAGAACAUAUAGAAUACGCUAUAGAUAAGGCGUUGAUGGGACCGGAGAAACUAUCGAAAAUACUGGAUGAAGAAACGAACAAGAUCACAGCUUACCACGAGGGCGGACAUACUGUGGUGGCUUACUUCACAGAACACGCACAACCUCUGCAUAAAGUCUCAAUCAUUGCUAGAGGGUCUUCUCUGGGACACACGUCUUUCAUCCCCAGCAAAGAUGAUUACCAUGUGACAAAGACACAACUACUAGCCAUGAUUGACACCAUGAUGGGGGGCCGGGCCGCUGAGGAACUCAUAUUUGGAACAGAAAAGGUUACCUCUGGAGCAUCUAGUGAUUUGGAGAAAUCAACUGAUCUGGCGUCGAAGAUGGUUCAAAAGUGGGGAAUGUCAGACGAGGUUGGGUUAUCGAGUUACAGCAACCGGACCCUGAUGAGUCCUCAAACUGCAAACCUGAUAGAUGCAGAGGUCAACAAAAUCCUGAAAGAAUCUUACAAAAGAGCUAAAAAUAUCCUUAUCGCUCACAAGGACAAACUUAGAGAACUGUCUGAAGCUCUUUUGAAGUAUGAAACACUCGAUGCGGAGGAGAUUAGUUCAAUCAUGGAAGGCAAGACUAUUAGGAAGCCGCAAGAACUUGCGGGUGACGACAAAGUCUCCGUGACUGCGGAAGACGACGAUUAUGUGCUCACAACCACCGGAGAUUAUCAAAAUGUUGGCACAAUCGCGGAUGACAAUGAUGAUCUUUCCAUUACUGUGGAGGAUAUUCAGGAUUUUACCCGAUCGCAGGAGACUUUGAUGAUGUCUACACAAUUGCAGGAGGUGAUCAGAAUUUUGCUGCAAUCAGGGGAGAUGAUAUCAAUGUCAACACAUCUGAAGGUGAUCAGGAUUUGGCCGCCAUCGAGAGAGACCACGAUGAUGUUUCCGAUACCACUGAGCUGUACUAAGGAUUUGGCGCAACCACAGAAGACAGAUUAUGUUUCCGUGACUGAAGAAGAUUAA